AUGCUCGUUUCAUCUCGGGCAACAGUGGAGGACUCGGGUGCGCGACUUCUGCGCGAGGUUUGGGCUCUCACAGCUCUCGGUAUACUUACUGUCACCUUGAGGGUGAUUGCGAAGAUCAAGAUUGGCAAAUUCGCCUUUGAUGACAUUCUCAUGAUACUAGCGCUUUUAUGCGCCGUGGUCGGAUCGAGCUUCAUUACUGUCGGCAUUCAGCAUGGCUUUGGUCAACAUGUGUGGGACAUAAAGCCUCAAGUCCCCAAGGUCAUAAUGUAUGACUACUUGGCGCAAACAUUCGGCAUCGCUGGGGGCACACUGGGUCGCAUCGCGUUUAUCGUCUUCGUCGUCAGACUACUUGGGACAAGGAGACUUUAUCGAGUAAUCUUGUGGAUGUUAGUCGGUCUUCAGCUCGUGACGAACUUUGUGCUCAUCAUAAUACUCUUCGUUCAAUGCCCGGGUCAUGCUUCAGCUAUAUGGGCACCAAGCGGCAAAGAUAACUGUUGGGACGUUCGUGUUCAGGCAUAUUAUGGAUAUUAUCAAGGAGCUUUCAAUUCAGCAACCGAUCUUUACUUGGCGACUUUCUCAACGUUCAUAUUUUGGAACCUCAACUUGAAAUUUCGGGCAAAGCUUGGCCUGGUUACAUUGCUUGGAUUGGGCAUCUUUGCAAUGAUAGCUUCCAUAAUAAAGGUAGCGCAGACCAGAGUCUUCGCACACCCAGAUGAUGACCCCACUGUUGCAACUGUCAGCUAUGAUCGUUGGCUAUUCAUCGAAGCCUAUCUUGUCAUCAUCACGGCAUCAAUCCCAUGCAUUCGAUCGUUGUUGCGUUCUUUCGAGGACAGAUAUCCCGCUUCUGGACGGAGUGUAUACGAACUUCACUCGCCGUACGCUGGUACUUCAGCGCCUAAUUCGAGGCGAAUGACACCAUAUAUCCCCGGGAAAACAGUAGCGCGGACAUCAGAUGGAAAUGAGAGCAUAGAGGAAAUUCUGCGGUGGAGCACAAACGAUAUGGAGCAUUUACAACAGCAAGCAGCGUCAACCAAAGCGACUCAUAUCUAUGUCUAG